AUGUCAAGUUCCAUAAUACGGAACCGGCUCAACAAAGAGAUGAAUGAGCUCCGGCGCAAUCCGGACGCCGACAUCUCCCUGGAGCCGGAUGAGAACCAGUUUGACAUCUGGCAUGGCUCCGUGAUCGGUCCCCAGGACACGCCCUACGCGAAGGGAAAAUUUCACGUCCGGCUGCAGAUCCCGGCGACCUACCCGAUGGCGGCUCCGAAGGUGUGGUUUAAGACCAAAAUUUUUCACCCCAACGUGCACUUCGGGACCGGGGAACUCUGUCUCGACGUCCUGAAAACCGACUGGUCCCCCAUGUGGGGCCUCGCCGCCAUCCUCCGCGCCAUCGUCGCGCUCUUGGUCACCCCCAACGCAGACUCCCCCCUGAAUUGCGACGCCGGGAACCUCAUACGCUGCGGCGACAUGAUUGGCUUUGACAGCAUGUAUCGCAAGAAAAAAGUGUUACAGUUACACAUUGGAUUGUGUUGCAAGACCAGCGACACAGACAACCUUUCCCAUGCAGGAAAUGCUUAGGAGGAGGAGCCUCGUUUCCUUCCUGUUUUCCCUUAUGAUCUUCGCAUUACAAGUGUUCUCUCUCUCUGUCACACAGAGAAAAUUUGUGAUGCAGAAACUCCAACAAAUGUGUAACUGUAACACUUUUUUCUCGUGACAGCAUGGCCCGGAUGUACACGGUGGAACACGCGAUAAAAAACAGAGACGUUCUGUAUGACCUGCUCAAGCGUUACAAUCUCAAACGUUACAAUAGAAUCUGGGACUUGUCUUGCAUGAUGAGCAUGAUAGGCUCGCAGAGCGUUCCACUUUCUGCAAUACAAUAAACUUCGCCAGAUUCUAGUGCGGUUUGGAGCUUCGAAACUUGUCAGGCGCAAUCCUAUGAGAGUUGGGUAGAUAAUGCACUUCUUGCAACACAAAUUCCAGAUUCUAUUGUAACGUUUGAGAUUGUAACACCUGAGCAGGUUAUAUUCUGCUCGGGAGAUCAUGACGACACAAACCAUGAUGAAAAAGACCUUUA